AUGUCUCGACGGGCUCAGAUUCUGAUUACUCCAGGUGAGUUCAUCUUCCGGGCUUGGAUUUCUUGGUUUCUUUCCUCGAAGGGGAACGAGUACUUUUGCGAGGUCGAUGAAGAUUUCAUUCUCGAUCGAUUCAACCUGACGGGUUUGAACAACGAAGUGCAAAACUAUUCCCAAGCACUAGACUUGAUAACGGACAAUCUAGAUGAUGAAAUCCAAGACGAGCUCCGCGGGACUCUCGAUGUCCAGGCUAGAGUACUUUACGGACUUAUCCAUUCAAGAUGGAUUGUCACAGCUAGAGGACUAACAAAAAUGAUUGACAAAUACAAGCGCGCGGAGUUCGGCCGUUGUCCUCGUGUACUGUGUCAACUGCAGGCCCUCCUCCCUGUAGGGCUCACCGACAUACCUUACGAGAAAUCUGUCAAGCUUUACUGCGGACGUUGCGAGGAUCUGUAUUCACCUAAAUCAUCGCGUCACGGAUCGAUUGACGGUGCCUACUUCGGCACGACAUUCCCUCACCUCCUGUUCCUCGUGUAUCCGACCCUCAUACCCCCAAAGAGCGGCGCCAUGGAUCCCGCCCCAAGUUCACGGGACGGGGAUAGCCGAAGAACCCGAAGAACGAGAGAGGAGCCCGAACAAGAGGGCGGAGGCGAGAUGCUCAGCACUGCGGGUAUCGCAUUAAAAGCAGAACGAUAUCGACCCAAGAUCUACGGGUUCCAGCUGCACGAAAUCGCGAAAUUACAGCGGUGGCAGGAGGCAGUUCGAGAUCGGCAAAUUGCUCGGCUUGAGGAACUAGAAGAACGGCUGUAA